UGGUCUCCCUGGAGUUCAGCCUCCAUCCUGCACUGAGGACAGAACCACAGCACAACCAGACGUCCGACAGAGGUCAGAGGUCGACUCCACUCCUGCCACCACCCCAGAGGCUGACCGGGUCUCCGCCCCACCUGAACCGACAGACUCCGCCUCCUCGUCCUGCUCCUCAGAGGUCGAUUUAACCAAUAACAGCAGCAGCGGCGCUGAGGUUUCCAACAUGGCCGACCCCAACGACGACAGCAAGUUCCUGUUCCUGGAAAACGACUUCCGUAACAGCGGCGUGGCUCAGGCCGACUGGGCCGCCAAGAAGAUGGUGUGGGUGCCGUCGGAGAGGGAGGGCUUCGACGCCGCCAGCAUCAAGGAGGAGAAGGGAGACCAGCUGGUGCUGGAAUUGUCCAACGGUCAGAAGGUGACGGUGAACAAAGACGACAUCCAGAAGAUGAACCCUCCAAAGUUCAGUAAAGUGGAGGACAUGGCCGCCUUAACCUUCCUGAACGAAGCCUCCGUCCUCCACAACCUCAGAGAGAGAUACUUCUCCAGUCUGAUCUACACGUACUCGGGUUUGUUCUGCGUGGUGGUGAACCCGUACAAGAUGCUUCCCAUUUACUCGGAGAAGAUCAUCGAGAUGUACAAAGGAAAGAAACGCCACGAGGUUCCGCCGCACAUCUACUCCAUCACAGACAACGCCUACAGGAACAUGAUGCAAGACCGAGAGGAUCAGUCUAUUCUCUGCACGUGA